GCCCGGGCUGGCCUUGAACCUGAAGCAGUACUCUUGCCCAGCCUCAACAGUGCUCAGCUCACACAGUCUGUAACUUUUAUUUAAUCAGUGUCUCAUGUGACGUAACGGCCUGUGGACAAGAAGACUGCAGAUCCAGGGAGGGCUGGUGUGGCUGAGCUGUUCGGCACUUGCCUGGAAGUGUCCCGUCCAGACUUGGAGCCCCUGUCUCUGUCCUCCAGAGAUGUCAGAAGCAAGGCCCAUCACCAGGGACCUGCUCAUGGAGACUCAGCUGCCCGAGCUGCUCCCCAGGCCUCUGCUGGCCCAAGGGGCCAUGCGCAUGACACAACCCUUGCAGGGAGAGGACCUUGGUUCCUCUGGGGUCACUGGCCUUGUGGAAUGCCUGGAAGGCAGCAACCUGGUGGCCCUGCGCUUGGCCUGCAUCGGCGAUGAGAUGGACCUGCGCUUUCGGAGCCCCCGCCUGGCCCACCUGCCUGGGAGGGCCAUGCACAGCCUGGCCGUCACUUACAGCCAGACGGGUCUCUGGGGUGUGCUCAGAAAGCUGACCCACGCUGUCACUAGCCUCGGGGACAACCUGCGGGCCUGGGGACGCCCGGCCCCCCGCACCUGGGUGUCCCCUACGCGGCUGCUGCCCGCUGUGCUGCUGUUGCUGCUGCUCCUUGGGACACUCCGGCUGCUGCUGCAGUGAGGCCGGCGGGUGGGCGGGGCUGGUCCCUGUCCCUCGGCCACCGUGGCCCCCAGGUGGCCGCCGCCUAGCCGGCUUUAUUCUUUUUAAUGGUAGUAUUUUCUGAAGAUCAUUUUUAUAUUUAAGCUCAUGAUAGUGCUGGAACACUGCUGAGAUCUCGCACCGGAGUUUGCACUGUUUUUCUAGGGGAUGAAUUCUUUAUACCUCGGGGCCAUUACUGGUUAAUGCCUGCUCUGUACCGGCUGGGCCACUCCGUGACCCUGGCCCUCCCGGGCGGCUGUCCCUGGAAGGAGCCUCCAGCCCGUGGGGGCUGGUCACGUGGGUGGCAGAGGUGUGCCGGCCACACCCCGUGUCAGCGAUGCCAGGCACACAGAAUCUACUGGUCUAGAUUUCUGAGAGGUGGAGAGUUCAAUAAAACGUUGGUUUUCAGCUGGGCUCUUGUCCUCGCUGGGUUGCAGCGCCCCUAGAGGCCGGUCGUGGUGGAGGGAGAAGGUGGGCUCUGCCCCGCCUGGUGCCCCCUGGCGGCAGGUCCUGGCUCGGGUUUGCAGUGUUUGUCCCAGCUAUCCUACCCUGGUGCCUGCAGUCCAUCAUUAGGGGUUCUGUGUGUCCUCUGUCCACUUGUCCUGGGGCCAACUGGAGGGGGCCUGGGCAAGGCGAGCCGGGGGAGGGGCCGGGCUCUGCCCUUAGGUUCUGUACCUGCCCGACUCCAGGGCUGUUCUUGAGGCCCCAGCAGGGACCAGAUGUCCCACUCACACUGAAAAUGCCCACUGGGUUGGGGUUCCCACACCAACCUUUCCGGGCCCCCCAAAUUCCCCUGGCCCAGGCUGCCCCUUCUGGCCUCUCAAGCCCAGAGGCGGCCAAGGACUUCACCUACGGAGUGCAUCCCCAAGCUCCCCCCGCGCGGCCCUGCCGAGGGCCCCAGACCAGGCCUGCGGGCCGCUCAUACCUCUUGGGGCUGCUGUGAGUGGCAUUCAGAGGUCAGGCGUGGUGACCCACGCCUGUAAUCUUAGGACUCUGGGAGGUGAGGCAGGAUGCCAAGUCUCAGCCCAGCUUAGGCAACUAAGACCCUGCCCUGAAAAAAAAAAUAUGAGAAAGGAAACUCAGCAUAGUGGCACAGGCCUA